UCAAAAAAGAGCGUAAACAUGCGCAAACCAUUACCGUAGGCCUCAGUCCACCAUGAUGUUGUGGGACUCAGUGCCUUGCUCGCCCCGCAGCAAGCAAGUUUUAUCCGCUUGGUCUCGGCCAUGCCGAUGCACACUGAAAAGCCAGAAGAAGAGAAGCCGGAUGGCGAGCUGCUGGUGGAUGGCCGCAAGGGCGCGCCUGGCGAACCACCCCAUACCUUCCACGCCAUUGUUUUAGACAAGAUCGACCCGAAUCUCUAUUUGGCACGGCCGGAGAAUCUCUGGAAGCCGCCCUUUGCACGAGCGGUCUUUGGGGGGCAGGUGCUUGGACAGGCCCUAGCAGCUGCCAGUCAGACGGUGGUCGAAGGGCUUUCUCUUCAUAGUUUGCACGCUUAUUUUGUGCGAGCAGGACAGCCAGCUCAUCCCAUCAUUUACGAUGUGCGGCGCAUCCGGGAUGGCAACAGUUUCGCCACCCGAUCAGUGGCCGCAAAACAGGAAGGUCAAUGGACACUUGGCAAUGUGAGGAUCCAACGAAUGUCAGUGGCCGCAACUGGAGGCUGGUCAUCUACAGAAAGUAGAAAAUUGAUUCGUGGAUGGCUUCACAAUUGCAAGUGGAUUUGCUGUACUUGCGUCUUGCUUUGGGAUUGCACGGUUUUUUUUGCCUCAAAAUGGUAUGCCCACUCGAACCUGCUGGAGCGGGGAAAGGCAUCAAAGCCGUUUGUUGUGGGGAUCUCGACGCAUUCAGAGUUUGGGGGUGUGCUUGGUCACGUUUGAGCCCUGGGUGCGGCGAAACCAACUUGGAUGCCUAGGGCACUUUUUUGUGCUUUUAGAGCCAGGCACAAAAGCAAAAUUCUGCAUCGGUGAUGAUUAUUUGUGUAUGGUUGUGUCAUAUGACAUUUGAUGUCAACUUAUCAUUAGUCCUCAUUAGUCAUUUUUGGUCUCAGGUUCACUCACUUCAGAAGUUGCCCAGGCAGAAAUAGAGCAAACUGAAGUGUUUGACAGGUUCUAUCCCACUCCUGUACGGACUUCCUUGGGUGAGGCUGGAUGGAUCCAUUGUUUUGGGCGGGCGCUGGUGGAUGGAUCCACCUGUUCCAAGCAUUGCCUCCAAAUGGCCGGAUGUGUCUUCAGCAUUGGCUCGCUCAAGAAGGAAGUCCUUUAGCUAAGCCCAGCCCUGCAGCUUUUGCCCCCACGUGGCAGAAGAAACCAUGAUGAGAAGUAAGUCCGUUGCUUUGCCGCUGGCCUUGUUGGUCUUGGCUCUCAUCCUGAUUUGGCCGUCCACCUUCUCAGCUGCUCCAGUGGCUGAGAGCCCCGAACUCUUGAAAGUGUUGCGUCCCCUUUGCGCGGCUGGGUUGGCCUCAGCCGCGGUGCUGGGCGCGGGCGUCAGAUGGUGGCAGGGCGGGGCCAAUGUUAAGCUCGAAAGCGACCCCAGCGAUCUCAGCCUCAAGAAGCUCAGCACCAUGUUCUGCAAUCUCUUCGCCGUGUGGCUAGCCGUGGCAGCGUUUGCUGCGCUGAACCAGCCAGCUACGUUCACAUGGGUCAAGUCCAAGUAUUUUACCACUUUGUUGGGACUUCUCAUGUUCUCAGUUGGCAUCACCACCACCAUCAGCGACUUCAAGGAGUGCCUGAAACGCCCCGGUGCUGUAGCCAUUAACUUCAUCUCUUGCUAUGCCAUCACUCCACUCCUGGCCUAUUUGUUGGCCAAAGCCAUUGGUGCCGAUGGCCCCAUCCUCGCAGGACUCGUGCUGGUUGGAUCCAUCAACGGCGGCCAAGCUUCGAAUUUGUGCACCUUGAUUGCUGGUGGAGACGUGGCUUUGAGCGUUUUGAUGACAACGUCGACGACGUUGGGAUGCAUUUUUAUGACUCCCUUGAUUUGUCACUUGGUGCUGGGCGCUGUGGUCCCAGUCGAUGCUGGAGGCAUCGUAUUGUCGACCUUCCAAGUAGUCCUGCUACCCAUUUUUCUGGGUGUGGGCUUAAACACCCUGGUGCCCAAGAUGUGCAAGGCAGUGGCGCCAUUUACUCCUGUGGUGGGCGUCAUCUCCACGGUCCUCUUGGUCGGUGCCUCCGUGGCGAAGUGCGCCGAGCCGAUCCACUCAGCCGGACUUCCGCUGCAGCUGGCCUGUGCUGCUUUGCAUCUCGUGGGCGGCGUGCUGGGCUACUUUGCCACCCAGAUGAGUGGCUUUGACGAGAAGACCUGCCGCACCGUGGCCAUUGAAACCGCGAUGAAAUCCAGUGCUUUCGGCUUCCUUUUGGCUUCGCUUCACUUUGGUGCCUUCAAUGUCAGGGUUCCCUCUGCGGUGAGCGUGGUUUGGAUGGCCAUCGUCGGAAGCGUGCUGGCGGUCUAUUGGAAGGGCCGGCCCAUCACUUCGAGCAAGACACGUUGAGGACGGGCAGC